AUUUUUGUUAGCACAAGCUGCACAACACACUCUCAUAGCUUCUUCGACAGUACAACACUCUCUCCUCUCUCUCUCAUAGAGUCAUAGUACCAGAUCUCGCACAACGGCACAAUCUGCAAUGCUUGGUAGCUUCACACACAGAACUGCUUAUCAACUGAAUGGAGAGGCCUGUAAGUAGUCAUGCUAGAUGAUGGCUCUUUCGUUGAGAGUUAAUGGAAGCUGGAAUAGGAUCUUCAGUCAAGUUUAAUGACCGAUCAACUAGUGAUGUCGUUGUUAGGGUGCGGACACCUGAAGGACGUGAUGAGUGGCUAUAUUGCCACUCCUCCAUCCUAGUCAAAAAAAGUAAGUAUUUUGCUGACCGUCUUUCUGACACUUGGCCAACAUGUCAGAUUCUCGAUGCACGCAGUUGCGUUGAGGUUUAUUGCCAAGAAUCUGACUUUGACUACAAUAUCACUCUUCUACGCCUUCUCUAUGUUGUUUCUGACAGCUUGAUUUCUGAAAGCUGGCAUGGAGUUCGAAACACCCUUGGCAUCCUUCGAGUGGCUGUUGAGCUGGGAUGCCCUUGUAUCAUCUCUUCUUCCGUGGAGUACUUGGAGGCUGUCCCUUGGGAAGAGGCUGAGGAAGAGGAAAUUUUACAAACCAUACCGGGCAUUGGACCUGAAGCAAACUCUAUUCUUGCCCGCCUUCAACCAGUUAAUCAUGGUGCCAUUUGGAGGAUAUAUGUAUCAGCCAUUCGAUUUGCCACAUCAUCACCACCUCCUUCACUAAAGGAUCUCAAAUCUUCGGCUCAAGAGCAGCUAGAGUACAUGCUUGCUGAGGAUGAUGAUGUACCCCUUCUUACCUCAUUUGAUGAGGUAAAGCUUGAGGUAAGAGAAUGUCUAAUGAGACUGCUAUUGAGAUUUCGUGCGCUUCUAGAAUCUUCAGUAAAAGAGCUCAAAACAGUGGUUUCUGAGGCUGAAAGAUUUGAGCUGCUACAAUCAUAUUUGCUGGAUCUAUCAUGGGCAUGUCAAAUUUCUGGCAAACUUGAAAUAAUGAGAGAUCUAGUAGAUUUUUGGUUGGAGGUUUCUGAUACAGUAAUCGAGCUUAUUGAGAAAAAAAGUUCAAAAGCAGAAAUACUCGAGUUAAGAUUGAAAGUGAUUGAGGUAGCUACAAAAGUUUUAGAAGCAGUAGGGUAUGGAAAUGUUGUUUUGCCAACUGCAAAGAGGCUUCAAAUGGUGAAACUAUGGCUACCGUUUGCAAGACUUACAAAACCUAUGGUUAAUACAGUUCCAUCGGACUCCGAAGAAGAUAGUGCGGGGCCAAAAAUUGAUUCGGAGGUGUGGCAGACUUUGGAAGCUGCAUUUGUUUCAAUCAUACUCGCGUUGCCGUCAGGGGAUCAGGCAGAGAUUUUGACAGAUUGGUUGGAUGAUCAACAUAUUCAGUAUCCUGACUUGACUGAGGCAUUUGAGGUUUGGUGUUAUAGAUCUAAGGUUGCCAGAAAAAGACUGGCACCUUUUGGUGCUUCAACUGUAUGAUUAGCCCAAGGUGUACUGAUUUUCAUGAAUCUUAUGUCUGACCAAUGUUCUUAUGAAGAAUAUACAUGUUUAUUGAUGCUUACAUUAGCUAAA